CGCUGCGUCGGUAAAGGAUAUGACGAUCAUCUACAUGAUUCUGGCUACCCGCUGGAUUGAACGUACAUAUAUAUAUACCCAGGUAUAUAAUGUGAUCAAGGCAUGAUGAAUGAAAGAUGUGUGAAUUCAUGCCCCAUCUUUGUCUCGUUUGUAGAACAUUAGCGCCUCAUUCUAUAAAUUCAAUCCAAAUCUAUCUAUUCCGAAGAUGUUAUGGUGGAAUCCCAUAAGGCCUCGAAAGAUGAACAACAGCUCGAGAAAUUUUGUGCGAGUCCUCGUUGAUCCAUCGCGGCCAACCGUCGAUAUCGUUGCUGUUCAUGGUCUCAAUCCCCUCGACAAACAAGCUCACGCAGAAGCCACGUGGACUACUGAGAGCAAGUUAUGGCUCAGAGAUUUCCUCCCAACCCAGGCCCCCGAUGCGAGAAUAUUACUCUUCGGGUACAAUUCAAACGUAGUAUUUCAAACUGCAGCUUCCGGCGUUCGGGAACAAGCUGAAAACCUGCUAAGCCAGCUGGAUGAAUUACGGCGCGGAGACCCUCAUCGUCCCUUGAUAUUUAUUUGUCACAGUCUAGGUGGAAUUAUCGUAAAGCGAGCUUUGGUCCUCGCUAAGACCGACAAUACUUACGAGGCGCUCGGGAGAUCAACAUUUGGGGUUGCCUUCUUUGGUACGCCACAUAGAGGGGGAAAACAUGCGGGUAUAGGCGAUAUCAUUGCGAAGGUUGUUCGUGCUAUAUUGGGGAACCCCGGAAAUACUUUUAUGGGUGCUUUGAAAGAAGAUUCGCCGUUUUUAAAAAUCAUCACGGAUGAUUUUCGUCAACUCCUCGAAAACUUCCAAAUUUUAUCUUUUUACGAAACCCGGCCUUUAACUCGACUUGGAGUCGUCGUGGACCAUGAUUCUGCAGUCCUUGGGCUGCCCGGUACUCGCGAAAAGCAGAUAGGACUAGACGCUGACCAUCGAAAUAUCUGCAAAUUCGCCAGUGACGAGGACCCAGGGUACCAGCAGGUAGCGAACAACAUUGUUCAAAUGAUAAAUGCGGCAAUCAUUGAUCACAAACACCAGGCUUCCGCAAGCGCCAGCCUUGAAGAAAAUAUGUCAAAUAGCGAAGGAGAGUACAACACUACUUUGCAGGCUGGCCAAGGUAACGAAAGCCGGACAAACGGUAUUUCAAAUAAGAUUCGUCAACUUGGCAACGGGAACAAGAGUAAAACAAGUGGAAAUGGGAAUACAACCACACAAAUUUCCGCAGGCGCUAUGGAUUCAAUGUGCUACGUCCAAACGUUCAAGCAGCUGAUAUCCGAUGGUGUCUUUUAGUAAUAACGACAAGCCGCGUACGACAAUUACCUAUAUAUGGAUUUUACCUAAUAGGGGCGUAAGUCACCAGGUUCUUUCGAAAUUGCAAUUAAUUUCACAUAAUUCUACUUUCUGCUUGUGAGCCUAUAGCAACCUUAGUUCCCACCUA